AUGUCAAUUUUGUGUGAUUGGGUCAAGAAAAAGGGCGAGCUGAUAUGCCCAACUUGCUCAAAAUCAUAUCCAAUACCGGAUGGCAGGCUUGAGAAACUUCCUCCAAGUACCUUUGUCAACAACUUAUUACAAACUAUUGAAGAGAUGGAGGAAAGAGACAAACGUGAAUGUAAUUGUGAAAUUGGCAAAAAAGCUACAUGUUAUUGCCAGGAAUGCAGACAGUACAUAUGUUCCACUUGCUAUGACCACCAUAAGAAUUUUCGAGCUCUUAAAAAUCACAUACUUCACCAAAUAGAAGAUUUGCGAUCCAUGACGCCCCUAGAGUUUUCUUCAUUACACUGCCAGCAGUGUUCACUUCACAGUGAGCCUUUGAAGUUUUACUGCAAAUAUUGUAAAACCAUAAUAUGUAUGCAUUGUGCUAUUACUGACCAUAAGACAGCGGAUGGAAGUCAUAAGGCCAUUAAUAUUUCAGAAGAUUGCAAUGGAUUUAAACAGACUGCUAAUGAAAUCGAAGAAGCUGCCAAUUAUUUCACAACCACAGUAGAAGGUGGGAUAACAAAAAUGCUCCUCAAUACUACAAAAUUAGACCAAAAUAUAGAUACUAGUUUAAGAGAUAUUGACAAUCAUGUAAAAGAAAUGUACCAGAUAGUUAAGGAUAAGGAACAAAAAUUAAAAAUGAAAGUAGUAAGGGAACAUGAAAAGAAAAAGAAUAAAAUUGAUGCCCAAGCUCAUGAGCUGAGAUUAACAGUAUCUGAUGUAAAGAGAAAAUUAAAUUUUCUAUAUCACCUUUUAAAGAGUGAUGAAGCGAUGGCUUUACAAUCAAGUGAAGCAAUUAUUACAGGAUUGAAAGAUAGAAUCAAAGAACUGCCAAGUUCAAUAUACAACGGAGAUACACACAUUAAUCAAGAAAUUCACUUCUUUCAAAAUAAACAUAAAAUCACUGAAUUAAAAAAGCAUGGAAUUGGCAUUGUGAGUGAGAAGAUAGCAGAUUGCUUAAAAGUAAAUUGUAGUAGAAAUAUUUGUGCGACACAAUACCAAAUAAUUACUGUCAAACUAGUCAAAAUAGAAAAAUGUGAAAUACAUGCAAGUCAACUAGAAGCAACAUGGACAGUCGAAUGUACAGGAGAAACCAGUUCAAGAAGAAGAUGA